AUGGAGACCAACAGCAGAGCAAGACUACAAGCAGACCUAGAUGCAUUUCAUAUUUCUGAGGAGCUGGGAUUCCUCCUAGAAGAGCCAUUGACUGAUCUCCCAGAAUACUAUCGAGCAUGGAUGGAUUUAGCAAAGAACCUCUCCCCUCUGAUUGAGUCACAUCAACUACGUGAUCAGGUACAUGACAUGCCUGUAUUGAGCCCCCAUCUUCUGAGUAGCCAUCGGGAGCUAAUGUUGGCUCACCUGGCACUGGGAUUCAUUACUAUGGGCUAUGUCUGGCAGGAGGGACAACAGGCACCUGCUGAGACACUCCCAAAAGCCCUGGCCUUGCCUUUCUGGCUGGUCUCACGUAGGCUCGGCCUUCCACCAAUAUUGACCUAUGCAGACUCAGUUCUGGCCAACUGGAAAAUGAAGCAUCCAGAGGGGGAUAUGGAAAUUGGGAACUUGGACUUGAUAUUUUAUUUCCCUGGUGGUGAGAGCUGUAGAGGAUUUUUUCUGGUUUCAUUAUUAGUUGAGAUGGCUGCCAGUUUAGGCAUAAAGGGAACCCUGGAAGUGAUGCAUGCCAUGGAAAUCUGUGACCUAAUCAGCAUAGAGAAGGGUCUCCAUAAGAUGGCAACAUCUCUGAUGAAGAUGAAAGAAAUCUUCAAACUCAUGCACAAAUAUGUGGAUCCAACUGAUUUUCAUGGAACUUUGAGAAUAUUUGUCUCAGGGUGGCGAGAUAAUCCCAUGCUUCCAUGUGGGCUGUUGUAUGAAGGUGUUAGCAAAGAGCCAAUUCUCUUAUCAGGGGCAAGUGCAGCCCAGAGUUCAGCCAUCCAGUGCUUCGAUGCAUUGUUGGGCAUUCAGCAUGAGGGUGACCCAGGAACCUACUUGACUCGCAUGAGAGAUUACAUGCCCCCCGCCCACUGUCAGUUGAUAGAAACUUUGUCUGCCUGCCCAUCUCUGCGAGAUUUCAUCCUCUCCUGCUCCAGCUCUGCUCUCUGCAAAGCAUAUAACGCCUGUGUCUUAGCGCUGAGAGAACUGCGGACCUACCACCUCUGUGCCGUAGCUAAAUACAUUACUGUGCCUGGUGGGUGUGCCCACGCCAGUGGUUGCCCACUUAGAGGUGUAGGCCAUGCGUUGGAUGCUACUGGUACCGGUGGAUCCAGUCCCAUGGUCUUCCUCAGGAGUGUCCGUGACACCACCAUCAAAGCAAUGAUCUCAGAGGGAGCAGAUGCAUCAGGAAGUCCUGUGAUGUGA